AUGGCGGACACUGCAGGAGAGUAUCUAAUGUACAGGCUGGAGACAAAACAUUUUUCUUCCUGUGGUGUUUUGAUAUCCAGGUCUGCUUGUCCAAAGGCUUCAACAGCAGUAUUUCAUUUCAGAAGACUCUUCUUUAACAUUGCUGCACCACUGAUAAACAAACGGAAGGAAUAUUCAGAGAGGAGAAUAAUUGGGUAUUCUAUGCAAGAAAUGUAUAAUGUAGUAGCUGGUAUAGAAGAUUACAAGCAUUUUGUACCUUGGUGCAAAAAGUCCGACAUCAUUGUCCAGCGGGCAGGUUACUGUAAGGCAAAUGUUAUAGUUGGAUUCCCUCCAAUUGAGGAGCGAUAUACAUCUGUUGUAACAUUGGUGCGACCACAUUUAGUUAAGGCAUCUGGUACAGAUGGCAAGCUCUUCAACCAUCUAGAAACAGACUGGCGUUUUAGCCCCGGAAUUCCAGGAUAUCCUAGAACUUGCACGCUAGAUUUUUCUGUUUCCUUUGAAUUCCGUUCCCUUCUGCACUCCCAACUUGCUACGGUGUUUUUUGAUGAAGUCGUCAAGCAGAUGGUGGCAGCAUUUGAAAGAAGAGCAUCUAAAUUAUAUGGGCCAGAAACAAGUAUACCACGGGAAUUUAUGCUUCAUGAAGUGCAUCACACAUAGGCUUCAGUCUGUGACUUACACAGACAGUAGCCCUUCAACACUUAACUUACACAUGGACAAUAACCGUUUAGCAUGAUGUGUUUAUUUGUAAAAGAUGCUUGUUUUUUAUGGCACUUAGCAACUUCUUUUUGUCUUGUAUUAAAACAUGCAACAGCACUGUAAAAUUUACAUGUAAGAUAUACAACUGUAUGUACAUAGAGAAAUUUAUUUUUGCAAUGAAGUGUAAUUUUGAUGUCUGAGGUGCAUUAGUCUGUGUGCAUUGGUGACCACAGCUGCUUGCACGAUCGUGUCACUGAUACUGCCUUUCAAAGUUUACCUAUCUAUAAUCAACAAAGUCCGUUUCAAAAUUAUUGUUGCUGCUGCUGCCGCCUGUAAGACAGUUUAAUUAUUAUCUGUAAAUGAAGUACUUUACAGACUUUUGUGAUGAAACUUUGAGUAACAAAGAAGUACUUGAGGAUGUCAAGUUUAGCAGUAGGCAGCUCUAAUAAUGGAUUCUAUGGUACACUAUUAAAAUAAGCAAGAACAUCAAAAUCUUUAUGAACCUACAAAGGUUGCUUAUGAAGGUAGCCAUGGUUGAAUUUUAGAAAGGCCCAAUACUUUGUAUAUCCUUUUUAUUUUAUGUUGUGACAUUGAAAGUGUCGCACUGACUCAUACCUUGAAAUAAGGGAGGGUCACAUGUUUAACUAUGAUACAGUGUAGCUGUGGUCAUUAGGAGGUCCAUUUGUAAAACCUUUAUUUUAUUUACUGUGUAAAUUCUUGCAAAAAACACCAUUUUCAUUAGUCCUGUAGAUAAUUCUUCUCUAGUGAUUCUUCCAGGGAAUUAAAGCACCAGUUAAUGAAGUGAUGAAUAUCGAAGACUUCA